CGUGUAUAAACCGUCGAUCUUCCUACACACGACCGACAUAUCGCAAUAGGGGCUCUUUGCGCCUCACCAGGUCGACGCCAACUUUUCCUUACAGUUCAAUUUGCUCUAUAUCCGCUUAUAUCUGCAUAUCGCCCUGCAUUUCCUUUACGCACACUUCCUAUUACAGAAUCGAGGUUCGUCAUGUGGUUUCCAGCGCUGUCAGCCCUGUGGCUGGCGGCUACAGCUUGGGGUGCCGUGAGUCGCGAUGAGGAUGGAAAUAUUAGGACUAUUUCUCUGCGAACCCACACGCUGAAGCAGCCAUACCUUGACUCCGAUAUGCAAAGUCGGUGGUACGAUUUUGGAGGCGAUACGAUAGUUCGGACAGACUCGUAUAUUCGUCUAACCUCGGAUCGUCCAUCGCAAAAUGGGUGGUUAUUUUCUCGGGUACCCCUGACUGCUACGAAUUGGGAAAUCACUAUUGAAUUUAAGAUCCAUGGCAAAAAUCAAUUAUAUGGCGACGGCUUCGCAAUGUGGCUCACGAAAGAAAGAGGACAAAGUGGUCCGGUCUUUGGGCAUGCCGACAAUUUUGAAGGUCUUGGUCUCUUCAUCGACACUUACAAGAACAACAGACCCGGUGUGGUUUUCCCGUACGUCAUGGCAAUGGUUGGCGAUGGUAAGACGUCAUAUAACAAGGACAACGAUGGAAAGGAUACCGAAUUUGCUGGGUGCUCUGCUCGUGGCAUUCGAAACGCAAACGUUCCGACUAAGUUAAAGAUGACUUACUUCCAGGAUAAGUCCUUGAAGUUGGAAUUGCAGUACAAAAAUGAAGACGACUGGCAACUGUGUUUCGAGACGAGCGAACCGCCGGCGAUUCCCUCUGUCACAUACCUUGGAUUCAGCGCCGAGACGGGCGAGCUAAGCGACAAUCACGACAUCAUUUCCAUUGAUGCGAAGAAUCUUUACAUGACGGGAGGUACGGCUAGUAAGCCUACACCUGGCAGGGGAAGCGCGAAGUCGCCUCAGCAGCCGAAGAGUGGCGGCAGCUGGACUUGGUUUUUCUUCAAGUUCAUCAUCUUUGGACUGGCCGUCGGUGGCGCGUACGCAGGAUACACGGCAUACCGGGCAAACAAGAAGAGGAGCCAUCGAUUCUAGGGGUAAUUCAUAUGUAUCUGAUGUUGGGGACGUUAGGGGGCUUUGCCAAGAACGGCACAGACGUACAUAUCAAAAUCAUAUGAAAAUUUGGAACUGUGGUCUUCUCGCGAAGUUCCACGGUCCCCUCAUGUGUUACGAGGUUGGCAGGCGUCAACUGGCAGUGUAAAACUAAAGGGCAAUAUUCUAUGCAAAGAAAAUCACAAAUCCCGAAAUGUUCAGAUUAUUCAACAACUUCGU